AUGGCCUACCAAGAGCCGGUCCCUUUGGAAGCAAGUUUCAAGCUGAAGGAGCAAUUCGACCUUCUGAUGCAUGCGGAGGCAGCCAGACGCCUCUUCCGCUUUUGCCGCUACCAAUUAAUUCGGUUUUGGCCCACAAAGAGCCUUGCAUUCAUGACCACCUCUUUGGGAACUGCGGCCCUUUUCUUCUUCAUAGUCCCCGGGCUCGACUUCCUCUGCUUGCCAAUCACCGUCCUGCCCCUCAUCACUACAGUUCUCGUUGCCGCCUGGGCGCUGCUCAUCUUCUUCAUCCGUCGAGUCAUCAUCUGUCUGGAGAGCCACCAGACACGUUUCAUCCCCAGACGCGUCACA